GAGCGUGGCGUCAUCCGGAAGGGGGCGGGGCCGCCGGGACCCGGAAGCUGGGGACUCCGUGUAGGAAUCUGUCCCGUUGCGGACUGUGUUUGGGCCAGGAGCUGGGGCGGUUCGUCCUAGCUGAGGCGCCACGGUGGUGGCGGCCGGCGGGUCCUCUUCACCCAUCUGCUAGUCGAGUCCCCGGCGCAGCUCGAGCUAUGGGACUGCUCUCAUCUGUCAGAGGCGCGACCCGGUGUUGCACGGGUCGCCUGGUAGUCCGCCACUUCUCCCCGGUGGCGCGGCGCGGCGAGCGGCCUGGAGGACAGGAGCUGAGCCGCCUGCUUCUCGACGACUUGGCGCCGACGCAGCGGCUGGAGCUUCUGUUCGGCCUGUCCCCGUGUCUCCUUGCCCUGCGGGCCGCCCGCCGCCGCGUGGCCCGGCUCCUGCUCCAAGCCGGCAGGGCUGAGCUGCAGGGCGAGCGGGCCGAGCUGCUCCGGGAGGCCGAGGGGCGGGGCAUCCCGGUGCUGAGGCCCAGACGGCAGAAGCUGGACGCCCUGUGCGGCUACCAGGUACACCAGGGCGUCUGCCUAGAGGUGAGCCCGCUGCGACUCCGGCCUUCCGAUGAAGCGGAGGAGGCGAGCCCAGGCGAAGACCCUCAGCAGCUCUGGCUCGUCCUCGAGGGGCUCCAGGAUCCCCGGAAUCUUGGCGCUGUACUGCGCUCUGCUCAUUUCCUCGGAGUGAACAAAGUCAUCACCUGCCGGAGAAACAGCUGCGGGCUUACUCCAGUAGUCAGCAAGGCCAGCGCCGGGGCUAUGGAGGUGAUGGACGUGUUCGCCACUCGUGACCUGGCCGGGUUUUUGCAGGCCAAAGUCCAGCAGGGUUGGCUGGUGGCAGGCACGGUGGCCUGCCCCGGGCCUGAGAUCUCCCAGUCCUCCCAGGUCCCCAUCACUAACUGCUUAGAGUUCAUCUGGGACCGGCCUACUCUCCUUGUGCUGGGGAACGAGGGCUCUGGUUUGUCCCAAGAAGUGCUGGCCUCUUGCCAGCUGCUCCUCACUAUCCUACCCAGGCGCCAGUUACUAACUGGUCUCGAGUCUUUAAAUGUGUCCGUGGCCACAGGAAUUCUUCUGCACUCCAUUUGCAGUCAGAGGAAGUGUUUCCCUUUGGAGAAGGAGAGAGGGCAGCUUUCCCAAGACCCUGAAGAACCCUCAGCUACAGCUGAAGGACUCAGAGAGGCCCAGUACCCAGGAUUGUCAUUGGGGUCAGAAAAACAGAGGCCAAAGGGAGGCUGACUUAGGCUGUCUGAGAUGUGCUUGGCUCUCUGCCUUGUGAGAGCCUGUGUAUUGAUCACAGUCAGGAGACUUUGCUGUAGAGACCAAAGGAAAUUGCUUCCUGUUUUCUUGUUGGAGAUGGUAGUUUGUUAAUUUCCAGGAUGGGCUAGGGCAGGGUAUAUCUGUCCUAUGGAAUCCUGCCUAGAAGUCAAGGGGAUGUCUUGGCCUGAGAAAGGAUCAGGCAUCCCAGUGAAAAGCCUGUGUUGAAUGUGAGGGUGAGGGUGUAGAGGGAAGCUGAGUGAACUGGGGCUCAUCCCUACCACUGUCCAGAUGAAAUAAAAUGUUACCUCUUACCAGUAA